AUAAUUCAUUUAAAGAACAGUCUUUCAAUAAACUAAAAUGAAUAUACAUUCAAAAAAUACAAAUACAAAACAUCUUUUCCAAAUAAACAAGAUCUUAUUUUACCAUAGCAUAUAAUAUCGAUGAAUGAUAAUACCUUAUUGAAUAAUAAUGUAAAAAUGUUUUACCUUUUAUUAGUUGAACUCUAAAUAAUAUUGGUAAUUUAUUUAUUUAAUUUUACCAUAAAAAAUGAGGGAGUAAUAUUUUUUUACCCCAAGACCCAAUUUAGGUUUUACUUUCUUCCUCUACCUCUUCCAGCGGCAUCUCCUCCGUCCAACACCACUCCUUCAAUCUCAGUCAUCCUUCGCCCAACAUACGCGACACAACUUUGACACUGCAAACAUGGCAGAUGAAUCGCAACAUGAUUUGAAGGAAGAGGUUGCAGAUAUUGCACCGUUUGAUCCUACUAAGAAGAAGAAAAAGAAGAAAAUUACAAUUGUUGAUCCUGUGGAUGAUGAAUCGGUGGACAAAUUGGCCGAGAAGACAGAAAAUCUGUCAGUUUCUGAUGGGAUUGAUACUUCAUUUUCGGGUUUGAAAAAGAAGAAGAAGAAGCCUGUUGAAAUCAGUAACUUAAAUGAUGAGAGUGGAGAUGUAAUUGAAGAUUUGGAAGAUCAUGCUGAAGAUGAAGAAGAAGAAGCACUUGCUUUGCAUCCUCGUUAUCCUUGGGAAGGGAGUGACCGUGAUUAUGAAUAUGAGGAGCUUCUUGGCAGGGUGUUUAACAUUCUACGUGAAAAUAAUCCAGAACUUGCUGGAGAUCGGCGAAGAACAGUUAUGAGGCCUCCUCAAGUUCUUCGUGAAGGCACAAAGAAAACUGUGUUUGUGAAUUUUAUGGAUCUAUGCAAAACGAUGCAUCGACAGCCAGACCAUGUUAUGGCUUUCUUGCUUGCUGAACUGGGUACUAGUGGCUCCCUAGAUGGACAGCAAAGAUUGGUUGUAAAGGGAAGAUUUGCACCAAAGAACUUCGAAGGAAUUCUGCGACGAUAUGUCAAUGAAUAUGUUAUUUGUCUUGGAUGCAAGAGUCCAGAUACAAUACUUUCCAAGGAGAACAGGCUCUUCUUUCUCCGGUGUGAGAAGUGUGGAUCAGGAAGAUCAGUUGCUCCAAUCAAAGCUGGUUUUGUUGCUCGUGUUGGCCGUAGGAAUGCAGGGACAUGAUUUGGCCCUACUUUUUAGCCUAUGUUUAGAAAUCCAGUGAUCUACUGCCUACACACAUUCAGUCUCUCCUUAUAAGUGUAGCACACAAGUUGACAGCAUUAUUCUUAACAAAUGCACAUUUAUUUGUGUCGAAACUCUGGAGGGAAUGAACCCUUACACUUCUAAUAUUGUUUGUUGUGGUAAUGCCUUCUUUAAUGGAUAACCAUUGUUAUCCUUUUUUGGGUGCAAAUACGAUUCUUUCAAUUAAACUGAUAGUUCAUACUAUUUGAGGUAUUUAGGCCAUUUAGAAAAUAAUUGAAACUGCACUAUUGGAGUGUUGGUUAAUGGUUUGUAAAGGAGUAUGUGAAUAUAACUACCAGUAAUCUUAUUCUUUCAGAUUUUUCGUA